AAGACCCUGCCCUUUCCCAACAAACCUCACAAGAGCCUGUGGCUGAUUAGAAACCUUGUUUGGACCUACCAUCAUGGUGCUCUUUUCGCUGGCUGAUCUGUUCUUGGCUCUGGCUGCCCUCCAGACUACGUCUGCUGCCCAGAUCUUAGCUCCGGACCCCUGCCUGGCCUACAUCAGUCUGAACGAGCCCUGGCGGAACACUGACUAUCACGUCAACAACUCAGCAGGCGUGCCCUUGUGUGACCGCCACGUGGCCGGAGAGUGGUACCGCUUCACGGGUAUGUCCGGGGAUGCCAUGCCCACUUUCUGCAUCGAGGAGAACCACUGUGGCACCCAUGCACCCAUCUGGCUGAAUGGGAGCCACCCGCAGCCCUCCGAGGGCAUCGUCACCGUGCCCACAUGUGCCAGCUUCAAUGAUGACUGCUGCCACUGGCAAGGGACAGUGGAAGUGAAGGCCUGUGCCAAGGGUUAUUACGUGUACCGCCUGCCACGGCCCUCCGUGUGCUUCCACGUUUACUGUGGCCAUUUCUAUGACAUCUGCGAUGAGGUGGACUGCAGUGGUCCUGACUGUCCAGCAGAACCAGAAUGUCGUUGCCCUGCUGGGACUGUGCUGGGGCCAGAUGCUCAGACUUGCCUGGAUGUCAAUGAGUGUGAGAAAGGCAACAGCGGCUGUGCUGAAGUGUGUGUCAAUACCAAGGGCUCCUGGAGGUGUGAGUGCAGCCCAGGACGAGUCCUGGACCCAGAUGGCCGGACCUGCAAUGACAUUGCAGGCUGCCACAAUGUGAACGGAGGUUGUAGUCACGGCUGCUUGGAGGAGCAGGAUUCGUAUUACUGCCACUGCCCCAGAGGCCUCACGCUGGGGGAGGACAAGCGCACCUGUCAGGUCCCUGUGCAGUGUGACCCCAGCUCUAUUGAGGUUUCUGUUCCCAAAGACCUUGUGGGCGGGCUGGAGCUAUUCCUGUCCAACUCUUCAUGCCGGGGUGUUUCUAACGGCACUCACAUCAACCUGCGCUUCAGUCUGAAGACCUGCGGCACUGUGGUGAAGGUCAUUGAUGAUAAAAUAGUGGGCACUAACCUGGUGACUGGUUUGCCCAGGUCCAGUCCAGGCAGCACUGGAGAUCUAAUCGUGCGCACCAGUAAGCUGCUGCUGCCGGUCACCUGUGAGUUUCCCGGCCAUUAUGAGGUUUCGGACGGCUUCGUGCCCAGUGCCCGCAGUGGUGCACUGGAGCUGUCUGGCCACAGUCAGGGCGUUUUCCCCUUUGUUCUGGAGCUCUUCCGCAGCGCCGAGUUCUCUGAGCCGUACCAGCAGCCUCCGCAGCUCCGCCUGCGAGACUCACUCUACUUCGGCGUGGAGCCUCGUGAGCGUGUGGACGGCCUGGCCACACUGGUCGAGACCUGCUUCGCCACACCAGGACCACAGGCAGACCAGGCUCUCAAAUACUACCUCAUCAAGGAUGGCUGCAUCUCUGAUGAAACAGUGCGUCAGAUCACAGCUAAAGACCAGCUCUCUAAACACUAUCAGGUUCCUGUCUUCAAGUUCGUCGGCAGUGACAACAGAGAGGUGUAUCUGCACUGUCGGGUGCUGGUGUGCGGGCAGGGCGAGUCUCGCUGUGCACAGGGCUGUCAUAGACGGCUGAGGAGAGAAAUCUGGACCGAGCAGCGCCAGGAGAAACACACGCUGACCGGCGGACCCAUCUUCAUACUGCCAGACCCCUGACACACACACCCACACACACUCCACCAUUCGUUCAUUCACCUUUGAUCUUGACCUGUGCUGAAUAAUUAACAGGGAAUUCCAUCGAUUUUUCACAGUUUCUGCAUAAAUAAAUUCUUAAGAUGCAAACAAGACCAUUCAGAGCGUGGAUGGAUAUAAAAUGCAUCCUCACCUGCAUCCUCAGUGCUGUCUGAGUCCUGAGUCAGUAUUUUAAAUUUAAAAUAAGAAGUUUGUACAGUGCUAUAAAGAAAUUCAUACAAUAUUAAACCACUCAGAAUAACUUUGUUUACAGUUCAACUAUUGGAUUAUUCAAAAAUGUUGAAAAUUUGGUGGACUACUCCUUUAAUUGUUUUUAAUAUCAACAUCGCAAUUUUAAAAAUGCAAUUUUCAAAUUACAGGAGCAGUUUAAUUCUAGCUUGUAUUAUCAACAGUGUUGUCUUACAUUUUGUAUGUGCAGGACGUCUAAUAAGACAGAGCUCAUUAACCAUCAGUAGACGAGUUAGACCAACCAAAGCAAACAAACAGUGCUGGUACAUGACAAACACUGCUACAAGUAUCUUUCUCACUGCUUUCAGAGAUCAAACCUCAAGCCUGAAAAAAGUGAUUAUGAACAGACUUCACAAUUUAUAUCGCAGUCACAAUACUGGUCAGAAAAAUCGCAAUUUGGCUUAUUUUCCCAAUAUCGUUUAGCCUUAACCUGAGCACUACAACUGCUCACUCAAACCUAAUAACCCUUUAUCUACACACACACACACACACACACACACAUCGCAUAUUAACCCCUACACGCUUCAGACAAGUAAUCCCGUCUGCAGCUUCAGGAAGAUUUCAGCUAAUCUCUCACUCAUCGCUUUACACUUACACCUCCGCUUCAGUUCAUCCUUACCACACACCAUGACAUCACAUUUAUAUGCCAUUUAGAGAGACACACACUUGAUAUAGAUCUGAAUCGGUGAAUCAGUCAGCAGUUAAUUCGUCACACACUACAUUACUCAGACCUGUGAGUUAAUGGAUGCUCUGUCGCACUGAACUCAUUCUUUUCUCUAUUACCAGCCAAAUACAUGUAAUAAUAAUAAACAGACACAACACUGGACUUUUUUAUAUACUAUGAGAUGACGUAUGACCUAUAAAUAUGGAAUACAGUAUAAAGUUGAAACCAUUUUUCAGUGCAUUACUUACUGAUGAUGACCUUGAGCUGGUAGAUAAAGUUUAUCUUUUUAUUUUGCAUUCUUUUACAUUCAUUUAAAGCGUUCUGCUCUCUGAUUUGUCAUCUGAAUGUGCAGUCCUGCUUUUGCUUUGCACGGUUAGCAGUAAGGGUGGUGUGUGACAAUUCCACACUGUGGUCACUGACACAAAAAAAGUGCUGUCUGAAGGGUGGCCGAAUUUCUCUUUCUUAAAGCUGCACUAUGUAAAAUUUGUGUUUGUUAAAAAACUAGCAUCACUGAGUUACUGAGGAGAAUAAAAACAGGCAGGUACAGGAUGAAAUAAUCAUUUUAAGUCAGAGGUGUUGAGUGGAUUUGGGAGGUUUUUUCUGAAAACAUUAUCUGUCUUUACAUAUUAAUGUCACACACAGGCUUUAAAAGAAGGUACAGCUCAAUGUUUAGGUCUCAAAUGUAAAAUCAACAUUAUACUGAUGAAGAUAUGAUGACAACAGUAGAUAAUUCACUCACAUCUUCAGGAGACACGGCUGUCACUGAGUUCUCUUUGAAUUCUCUUUCAAUUCACUCACAAGCAUCAGACUCUUCCGCUUCGGGAAGGGCUCUGAAGGAAAACCCAUCUUAUGAAAUGUUCUUCUGCAGCUUGUGUGCAAUUACACAUUUCCACCAGAGAGGUCUCCAAAUCCUGAAAACUUACAUAGUGCAGCUUUAAUUUUAGUUAAAUAUUUAGGGGUGAUUCAGACUUAUAAAGUAGCCAUUUCAAGCAUGAUAUUUGCUCAGAACUACAGAAUAUAGUAUAUCAUGGAUGAAAUUAAUGAGGCUAGCACAAAUGUAAUUGGGAGUACAGUGUUACAUUUUAAUAAAUUACAAAUAUAUUGCAUACAGUCAGACUGUACACACUGACAGUGAAAAAGGUUAGGCAUAAUUUUGACUUUCAGCCAAGGAAUACAAAUUUGUCUAGCUUGUCUUUUGCUAUUCGGCUUCUGUCAGAGUUAUUCUAUUCUAAGAAAGUUGAUCUUUUGGGGGACAAUGUUUCUGGUUGAGAAUAAAAUCUUUUAAUAGGUGGAAUACUAAAACUGUACACUGACUAGCUUUUCCACUGGGUGACUUCUUGUAGCUUAAACACACCCAUUUUAAAACACUAGCCCUAAGGGUGUACUAUAUAUAAGCACACAAAACUAUAACCUAUUUAUCAUCACAGUCCAAAGAAAUCUGCUAUUUUUAUGUUUUUCUAAGUUCAGUAGCUCUCAUUUAUAUUGUGUGGAGAAAUGCUCCAGAAUUGUGUGGAAUCAUUUUCAUUAACUUGCAAAGAAGGUGGCUUCUUCUGUAAAGUUACCAUUUUGGAGAUACUUGUUUGUCUUUGGACAACGAUGCUAUAUUACCCUGCAAGUAAAUCUGUAGCUACAUAUAUAACAAUAAAGAGGAAAGUCUAGAA